AUGCAUGACAAGAAGCCAAUUGCUUUCUUUAGUGAAAAGCUUGGAGGAGCCACUCUCAACUAUCCAACCUAUGACAAAGAGCUCUAUGCCUUGGUCCGCGCCUUACAAACUUGGCAACACUAUCUCUGGCCAAAGGAGUUUGUCAUCCACACAGACCAUGAAUCUCUCAAACAUCUCAAGGGCCAACAGAAGCUCAACAAGAGGCAUGCCAGGUGGGUUGAAUUCAUUGAGACAUUCCCAUAUGUCAUCAAGUACAAAAAAGGUAAGGACAAUGUUGUAGCCGACGCAUUGUCCAGGAGUCUUGUUCUAAGUUUGCUUUUGGCCGAUACUACAGACAAGAAGGGUUUCUCUUCUAUGAGAACCGUCUCUGUGUGCCUAAUUGUUCUUUGA